ACCAAAUAAACCAUAGCAUUGAGACCGAAAAUAAUAACCUCGACCUUUUGACUGAUAAUGGCGAAUUAGAUAAGCAAAUCCAAGCAUUACAAGAUAAUUUAUUACCGAGUGAUAAGCAAAAGACUGUUUUGACAAUUAGACGACAAAAUCGUCACAAUCGACUAUUAGAAAAGAAAAAGAAGGAAAAGGAGGGAAUUAGUUCGUUGCUCGAUAAAGUUAAAAAGUUUGCAUCUCAUCUCGAAGAACUACCGCAAGAAGAAAUUAAUGACAUGCUUGAAUUAUUUACAGAAAAAAUCGGGGAAGUUUCUGAUUCUUCUGCCAAGAAAAAAAGAGAAAAUAAAGUUAGCAGAGAAGAAAUUGUUGUAGCAAUUGCUGACUUAAUAACAGGAGUAAAAAAAGUUGAAGUAGCCAUAAACAUUUUUAAAAGGGCUGCCGAUGAAUAUUUAAAAGCGGAAAACGAGCCAAAAGAAAAAUAUCAAGAUACAUACUUGGAAGCAGAAAAAUCCAAAACUAGUCAAGCAGUUUCUCAAUGCAUGAAGAGGUUAAUCAGUCGAGUUCAUCAAUCGACUGAAUUACAACCACAACCAUCAAACAAGGAAAAAUAUUUCCCGAUUUUAAUAAUAGGAACCAUUUUAGGAUUAAUUGUUAUAAGUGCCUUGGGUUAUUCAAUUUUUAAAAGAAAGACGAAACAAAAAACUAAGAAGUAA